AUGCAAGGAGCCGCGCAGUCUUUGAGGGCAAAGAAAGCUGCCGAAAGAAGAGCGGCCGAGGAGAAAAGGGUUUUAGAGGCGACUUUUAGACCGCCAACUCCACCUGAGAUUAACAACGAUCCAGAGGUUGCCAAUGGUACCGAGGCGAUUGAGGAGGCUCGGGAUAUUGCAGCUUCGACUAGACCUGAGGCCUCUAAUAACGUUUGGCCGAAUACAGAAGUUCCCGAGGCAGUGGGGGCUUUAGCGGUCGUAGCUCUGGGUGCCGAGGCAAAGGCUAAGACGAAAGGGAAGAGGUCCCGAGGUGAUAGCUCGGGAGGACGCAUGAAGGAGAAGAGGAGCCGUAGUGAAGCUCCAAUCUACAAGGAUAAGAUAGCUUCCGCUAAUCUUGUCGCUUCUUGUUCGGGUCCACUACUUUCCGCUCCCGAGGCCUUGUUGGAGGCCCAAAGCUACCGUGAAACCGCUGCUGGAUUUCUGAAGGCCUUUCACUCGAUGAAUUCCAUGGUUCGAGCCUAUGAUUCUGGGGCUUGGAAAUCCGAGCUGGCUCGUGAGAAGUCGGAGAUAUCCCGAGCCGAGGUUGAGGCUAGGAUUUCCGAGGCGAUUGUGGCUAGACAGGAAGCCAAGGCGUUGGCCAAGGCCGAGAAGGUGGAGCGGUUGAAGGCGUCGGAGGACAACCUACGAACUCAGAGAAAGCUCGAGGCCGAGAUUUCUCGCCUACAUCGGUUAUUUACCGAAGAGAAGGUUCUCCGGGAGAAGGAGAUCAUCAGGGAACGGAGGGCUCCCAAGAGGGAAUUUGCCGAGAAGGUCGGGGCUAUCGAGGAGAAGAUGGACCAGUAUGGGAAGGUAUCCGCGCGCUAUAUGUACUUUGUGCAAGCGUGGGCCAACGCCGAGCUGAUAGCUGAGCUGGAGGAAGGGAAAAAGGUAGAGGAUGAGAAGGUAGAGGUCCUUCAAUGGACGGCUGAGUAUGGGGAUGCCGAGGAAGAGUACGUCCGUCUCGGGACCGAGCUGCGAGAGGACUUGAAAUUUCCUCCGGUUUACCCGGACUCUGUCGAUGACAGCUUCGAGAACCGAUCGAUCGAGGGCACCGCGGCCGCAAUAGGUGUUACUGACCAGAUGGGUUCGAACCGAGAUACCGAGGCAGCUCGAGUCUCGCCAGUUAACCAAGAUUCGAUCUGA